UCGUUUCUUACGUCUCGUGACCAAAAUGGCGACUAAAUCAGGAUCAUAGGUACCAAGCAGGAACUUCUCCAUUAAAUUAGUCGCCAUGCCUGUUCAAACCUACAACAUUCCACUAGUGUUACCGAGUCUUCGAAGGGAAGAAUCGAUUAACCAAAUAGUGGAUUCGUUGGAAUAUUUGGAGAAAGUGUCUAAAGACAUAUUCACCCGAAUCAGCAAUCGAGUUGCGGAAAACAAGAAACGAUUAGAGGCCAUAAAUUAUCGGGCUGAUUUGGCACAAGCCAGAAUCGAUAAAAUAAAGGGAAUCAAGAAAGCUACAAGGGUGUUUUCGAGUGCGAAAUACCCAGCUCCGGAGAAACUUGAGCCGUAUGAAACGCUGUAUUCUGAAGAAAAUGAAUUGUCUGAAAUAAAGCGUCAAACGUACAACCUGAAUUCGAAGUUUGUCCCAGUUGAUGAACGAACAUUGAAGGAUAAACUGCAAUUCUACAACGUACACUUGAAUGUUAAGAAGAAACAGGACGAAAUGAAAGGGGAAGGGCUGGGUUCCCUUCCGAAGAAUCUUCAUUCAGUCAGUUCGUUGUUGCUUUUCAAUACUACUGAAAAUCCGUACAAGAAGUAUGUCAUGUUAGAUCCGCUUGCCGGUGCGGUUACCAAAACAAGGGCCAACAUUGAAGAAGACGAGGAAGACAUCGGAGCAGCACCCAUUUCCAUCACUCAAGGAGAAGCGCUCGACAGAUUGACAGCGCAAAAUUACUUCUACGUUCCAAACUUGGGAGAUGUACCGGAGAUUGAUGUACCUGUGUACCUUCCGGAUCUUCCUGGGAUUGCAGAUGACCUCUCUUACAAUGCAGAGCUUGGUCCUUCCAUAGCACCAUCAUUACCUGGUUCAAAUAUACCUGAAUUACCUGAUGUCCUGGAGGGAGAAAUACCACAGACAGAAGGAGCCCCUCCUCCCCCUCCAGCACCUGGUCCAGCUCCCCCACCCCCUCCGCCACCACCUCCUGGACCUGAUGCUCCACUGCCCCCUCCUCCCCCUCCUCCUCCUCCUCCUCCUCCAGGACCGGAAUCAGCACCUCCCCCUCCUCCUCCCCCUCCAGUGGAUGGCUCCUCAGGAGAUCUUCCCACCGAUGUCCCUGCAGCAGUAGCAUCUGAUGGUAGGGCAUCUUUAAUGGAAUCCAUUCGCAAAGCAGGUGGCAAGGGCAAUGCUAAAUUACGUAAUGUAAAGGAGAGAAAGCUGAAGAAAAAAGCAGAGAAAGAGCAGUCUGCCGUCAGUGGUGGGGGAGGAGGUGACCUCAUGGGUGACCUCUUUGCUAAGCUGUCCAUGCGUCGAAAGGGUAUCUCCGGGUCUAAAGGUGAAUCUGGUGGAUCAUCUGAAGUGUCCACGGGUGGAGGCUCUGCAAUGGACAGGAUCUCAGCAAUGAUUCCGGCUCCUCCAAAGAGUGAUCGCACAGAUUCUUUGCAUUCAGGGGGAGGUGAUGAUUGGGAUUAAUAAGUAAUCAAUCACUAAUUCUCAAUCUUGGCCUGAUCAUCUUUAUCUUGGACAGUUGCUUUAUACUGUAAGAAGUGGAUUUUUGCAAAAGAGUAGAGAACAUAAAAUGAUUUUGUUUA